AUGGAUCCCCCGGAGGACGGACCCGGUCGGGUCGCGCCCUCGGUGGAUGUCACAUCCGCGGGAACUCCCGCGGGCGGCGCCGGGACGGGAGUCGGGCGGUUCCGCGUCGGCCCGGGGCCAAGCUCGGACUCGCCACCCGGGCCGAGAAUUGACGCGAAUCCGGGGCGCCAAUCGGCGAGGCUCGGCGUGGGCAUCUUGUCCAACAUCCCGGUCGCGAACGUCGUGAACGACGGCGGCGCGGGUUCUGGACGAUCGUGGCAGUCUCAGAGGGCGUCCGUCAUCGGCGACGGUCGCACCGGACGCUCCCCGGCGACGUCCCCCGCGCGAACGCGCGACGCCCCGAUCUCCGGCUCGCCGCUGCGGGAGCUGCGAGGCUACGCCGCGACGGAGACUGCGCGACGGGGCUCGAGGCGCGGCCGCGGGACCGGGAGCGCGCCAAACACCCCGGAGGUCAAAACCGGCGCGCUCCCGGACGAGACCGCGCGGUGGAAGAGCUCGUUACGCGCGGAGAUUCGGGGCGAGAACGGGCGCCCGAGGGACAGCGCGAUGCGUCGCCAGCCUCGCGCCGACCACGUCGCGGAUGGCAGGGAGGCUGCCAUAGACGCGCUCAUCGCCGAGCACGAGGACGCGCUGAGGACGAUGAAGGAAGAGAUGGACGACGAGCGCGCGGAGAUGAUCAGGAGCGCCGAGCGCAUCAGGGCCGAGGCGAGCGAGGGAGUCGCGGAGGCGGCGGCGCAGUGGCUCGAGGAGCGAAAGUUUCUCAACCUUCGAGUCGACGAGCUGGAGACUGCGCUCAAGGCCGCCGCGGAGGAGGCCGAGGCGAAACGGACCGAGGCGAACGAGAAGUUUGAACUCGAAAAGGCGGAGUUGCGAUCGCGGCUCGAGAGCGCCGUCGAGGAGGCUGCCGGCAAGGAGGCCAAGAUGACGGAGAGGUUCACGAUCGAAAAGGGCGUCGUGGAGGAGCAGAUGGAAUCCACGCGUCGGGAGGCCGCGCGCGAGGUGGCCGCGGCUCGGGACGCGCAGGCCCGCGAGCACGAGCGAUGUAAGGCCGAGAUCGAACGCAUGACGGCGCGGAUAGACGAGAUGCGCGAAGCGCACGCCUCGGAGUUGCGCGAGGCGACCGAGCAUCUCGAGAUUCGGCUUCGACAAAACGAAGAAAACGCCGCGAGAAGGCUCGAACAACAGGCGGCGGCGUGGCAGCUGGAGCGCGAGUCGAUGGAGUCCGAGGCGGAGGCCACGCGCGUGGUGCUUCAGACUCAGUUGGACGCCGCCAAGGAGGACCUGUCCAACUACCGCGAACACGUCGAGGGGAAACUCGUGGAGCUCAGGGACGAGUCCGACGCGCACAGGCGACGGGCGCGGGAGGCUCGAGAGGUCGCCGCCGAGGCCGAGUCCAUCCGCGCGGAGGCUGUGGCGUCCGCGGAGGCUUGGCGAAAAGAGGCGGAUCUCGCGCGUGCCUUCGCGGAGUCCGCGAGGGUGGACGCUGAGGCCACGCUCGCGUCGGAGCGAGCCGCGAUUAACGAGGAGCUCGCCGCGAUGAGGGCGGCGCACGAGGUUCGCGUCCUAAACGCCCGACGCGACCUCGAGGAGGAACGCGCGAGGGACGCGGAGAAGACGUCCAACGCGGUGGCGGCGGCGGAGGAUGGCGUCGCCGCGGCGCUCGCGCGGGCGUCCGCGUCCAUCGCCCGCGAGGCGGCCGCGUUUUCAACCGCGCUCACGCUCCGAGCCUGGUGGUUCCACGCCAAAUACCGCGGGUCAAACGCCGUAGGGCCGAACGCCGCGGUCGACGCCCUCGUCGGUGCGAGGAACCGGGCCGUAUCACGCGCCGCGGUGCGCGAGUGGUUUCACGUCGCGAGCACGUCGCGGAAGGUACCCGGCGCGGUCAGGGCGUACGAGCGCAGGCUCGUACAGAGCGCGUGGAUCGCGUGGGCCCGGCGCCGAGCGUUUCGCGCCUUCAUCGACGAUCGCGCCGCCGAACACUUCCAACGCAAGGCCUCGGAACGGGCGAGGCGAACCAAGCUGCGGUUCAUGCGGGCGUGGCGGGACGUCACGAGGUACGAGGACCGGUUGAGGACGGCGCGUGGGCGUGUGGCGACCAAGCACCGGAUCGCGACGCUUCGCGGGUACCUCAGGGCCUGGUCGGGCUUUUCCAAGACGGAGGGUUUAAUCGAAGUCGCUAUCGAGAGGUUCGCCGAGCGCCGGCGCGGCGCCAGGACGCGCGCCGUGCUCAUCGAGUGGUUCGUCACCGUGUGCGCCGACCGCCACGAGGAUAACCUCGCGGCAGCCGCGACGCGAAAGUUCUGGUCGUUCAAGGGCCGCCGCGUCCUGAGGGGGUGGUACGCCGUGUCGCGCGAGUUGUGGCUCGAUCGCAGAGUCGCCGGGUCUUACCACGUCAAGGUUCGCAGACGCACGCUGCACAGGUGCUUCCACUCCUGGAGGAAUCACAGACGCGACGAGGCGCGACGCCGUAACUUGAACGCCAAGGCGAAGAGGCACCACGACGUCCGCGCGAAGGCGAUUGCAAUACGCGCGUGGGCGGCAGAGACGGUGGCGGCUCGCCGCCGAUGGGUCGCGCUCGCCAGGUUUAGGAAACGCCUGGAGCGCAAACGCAUGGCCCGAGGCCUGAUGGCGUGGCGCGCCGCCUCCCACUUCGCCGUACAACUCCCCGGCAUGGUGACCGAGAUGCAUAGCAGGCGGGUGAAGCGCCGGGGCAAGCAGGCGUGCUUCUUCGCGUGGCGCCGCCAAGCCCGAGCCACCGCGGCUAGCGUGAUCGCCGCCGGGGGGUACCACGAUGGGUACCACACCGCGCGCGCGGUCCGCCGUUGGCGGGCGUUCACCGCCGCCAAGGCCCACGCGGUGCGCGCGGCAGAGGCUCUGUUCGUCAGGAGGCUGAGGGAGAGCGCGGCGCGAUCCGUCGCGGCGCUGCGCUCCAACGCGUUAGCCCGCAGGAUGGUCGCCAACGGGUGCCGCGUCAUCUCGGCGCGGCGGAGGCGCCAGGCCCGUUCCCGCGCGUUCGCCGCGUGGGCGUCCGCGGUGUCCGCCACGAGCCUGCGGCUGGAGCGUCACGACGUCAUGCGCCGCAACAGGCGCGCGAGGUACGUCCUGAAUGCUUGGUUCGCGGUGAUGACGGGCUCGAAGCUGAGCGCAAUCGCCGAGGCGCGAAGGGCCGUCGCGAUUCGCGGUUUCGCGGACGUCCGCGACCGAAGACUCACCGCGAGGGCGUUCGAGGCGUGGGUGACGUACGUUAACGUCGCGACGCGCCACGAGCUGUGCGUCAGGAAGAUGCGCGUCGUGCGGCUGGCGCAGGUUACCCUGUGGGGAUGGUCCGCGCGCGUCUCGGCGGGGGCGGCGUUUCGAGCGGCGCUGACCAAUCGCCUCCAGUCGGCGGCGUCCUCCGCGAGGGUCGCCCGCCCUUUCGGCGCUUGGCGCGUCCUCGCGCGCUGCCGUCGCGGGCACCGCGAGAGCGCCGCGCGCAGGUUCGCCGCGAGUCGUCGCGCGUCGUCGCUUCGAGAGUGCCUGCGUCGCUGGAUCGACGUCGGCGGCGGGGCGUCGCUCGAGCGGCGAGCGUCGAAUCACGCGCGCAAGACGACUCGGUGGCGCGCAAAGAUGGCGCUCAAGGUUUGGCGCGAGAUGAAGCGCGGCGCGACGUACAGGCUGGACGUCGAGCGCGCCGAUGAGGCGCGCGCGACGUUUCGGCGCGAGACGGCGCUCGCGCGGCGGUGGUCGCGGCGGUGGCGCGACGCGGCUAGGGUCAAGGCUCGGGAACGCGUCGAGGACGUGAGGGCGUGGCAGUGCGCCUGUCGACACCUCGCGCGGUGGGGCGCGAGGUGCUUCGUCGCGUGGUACCGGGGCACGGUGGUGGCCAACCGCAGGGUCGAAAACCACCGCGCGAGGGUCCUGGACCGCAAGGCGCUCGGCGCGCUUCGAGCCUGGCGACUGGACACCCGCCUCGGUGAAAAAUCAAAGGAUUCGAGGCGGAUCAGAAGGGGCGAGGCGCUCGCCGCCAAGCGCCUGACCCGUCGAAUGAUCGCGUGCACGCGCGCGUGGUACGCCGAGGCCGCGUCCAAGCGUCGCGGCCGCGAGGUUGCCGAGCGCAUGGUGCGCAGGCACGCCCACGCGAGGCUCAGGUCGACGUGGCGAGCCUGGGCGCAGCUCUCGCUGACGGUGUCCGCGUAUCGGGAGGAGGCGGAGGUUGGCUGCGUCGCCGCGUGGAAACACCGGGGCGUCGCGCGCGUGUUCCAGGCGUGGCGCACGCGCGCGUGGAACACGCACAGCAAGCACCCCCACAGGAUCGCGUGGAUGAACGCGCGGUUGGCGAGGAAGAGGCUUCGCCACGCGCUCGACUCUUUCAUCGCGUACCAUCGCGUUUUAAGAGGAGCGACGUCGGCGCUGAAGACGCGUCUGGUCAAGACCGCGCUGGCGAGGUGGUUUUCCGCGACGAAGACCGCGACGGACGCCAGGACGCACCACGGCGUGAACAUAUGGAGGUCCGAGCGCAGGGCGUGGACCCGCGCGAGGGUCACCGUCGCCAGGGCCAUCCGCGGCUGGUCCGCCGAGGCAAAGCGCCUGGGGUACCUUCGACGAGGAGCUACGCGAACGCGACGCCUCGCGGACGUUACGAAGCGUUACAGGGCGUUCGCGUGGUGGCGGUACGAGACGGCGAGGCGUGGAAGGGACGAGAACAGGGUGCGAAACAUGGAGCACCGCGUGCUGACGAUGUGGCGCCGCCGCCUCGACUGGGACAACCUCGCCGCGGGCCACGCCGACGUCUUCUUCGCGAGAAACGAGAGGACGAGGCGCGUGGCUUGGUUCAGGGCUUGGGCCACGGAGGCGGCGCACGGCGCCUUCGUUCGCGCGACGCGCGCCGUUCUCGUGGAUCGCAUCGACCCGCGCAGGCUCAAGCGAUGGGCCUUUUACGCGUGGCACAGGAAGCUGUGGCUCAAGGCGAGGACCGGGGCGAGGCUUCACGACGAGGAGUCGACGUCGUGGAAACUCUUGGUUCGAUCCGACGCGGGAACCGGCACGGACGACUCGCUCUUCGCGGUCGCGCGGCUGGCGUCCAUCCCCGAGGCGCACCCGACGGCGCCCAUCCUCUUGCCCACCCUCGAGGACGACCGCGCCGGGAUCUCGUCCGCGCCGGGAUCGCCGCUCGCCCCCGCGCCCACGCCCGCGGCGACUCCGAGAACGGCGGCGGCUCCGAGCCCACCGACGUCCCCGAGCCCUGGCGACGAGGAGUUCGCCUUCAGCCCCCUCGCCCCCGAGGACACCCCGGAUAACGUCAGGCAGCUCCGCCGCGAGCUGGAGACGGCGAGGAACGAGGCGGCGGACGCCAGGGAGGACCUCGCGGCGGCUGAGGAGAUCCUUCGGGAGAUGAACGCCGAACGCGAAACGCUGGAGACGGCGCUCGAAGUCGCCAGGCAGGAAGUCCAGGCGGCGAACGAGGAGGCUCGCGCGUACGCGGCCGCCACGCGCACCCCGCCCGGGUCUCCCGCCCGGUCGGCCGCCAGCCCCAUUCGGUCCCCGAGCGGCGGUGGACCCGCGAACAUCUUUGACCUCGCGUACGGCGACACCUUCGCCGACGACGACCCCCUCACGCCGGAGCCCACCCCGGGGCGCGGACUCGAGAUCAAUAAUCAAUCGACGCGGGCUCGCGGCGUGCCGGACUCGCCCUUCGCCUCGCCGACGGUCGGUCCGCCGGUCAAGGAGGAUGACGAGGACGUGUCGUCCGCGUUCAAGUCGUGGCGGGCUCGGGAGACGGCGCUGAUGGAGCAGCUGCUCGAGGCUCGGACCCUGGCGGAGAUUGCCGACGCGAGAGUCGCCGCCGCGGAGGCUGAGGCUGAGGCGGCGACGGCGGCUGCCGCGCACCUGGGCUGGAAAGCCCCGACGGACGGACCGGAGGGUAGGACGGCCUCACCGCUUCCUCCGCCGAGGGACUUCAAGGCUGAGCUCGAGGCGUGCGAGGCGAGGCUCGCGCGGGUCGAGGAGUCGAAAGCGGAGACGGAAAAGGCGCGAGUGGAGACGCUCGCGUCGCUUCGCAAGGCGGAGGAGGAGGCGGAGAAGGCGCGUAAAUCCGCCGAGGCGGAUCGAGUGGCGUUCGCGGCUCGCUUCGGGGAUAUGAACCGUCGCGCACUGCGCCUGGAGACCGCCUUCAACAACGCCGAACGCGAAACCGCCGAGGCCAGGGACAAGAUCAAGCAGCUCGAGGCGCAGAUCGCGGAGCUCGAGGCGAAAAUCGCGGAGCAGAGGAGAAAGCUGAAAAAAUCGGGCGGCGACGUCGAGUCGCUCACCGAGGCUCUCCUCGCGGACACGGCCGCCGCGAACGAGCGCAACGCGGCGCUCGCCAAGGAGCUCCACGCGUUGCGCGAGGCCAAGGCUGAGGUGGACAGCAAGCUCGCCGCCUCCGUCGCCAGGGCGAAGGAGCUGCAGUCGAGGCUGAGCGAGUCCAACAAGCUCCGUUCCGAGCUCGAGUCUCAGCUCGGUAAGCUCAAGGACAGGCUCGAGAAGGACAUCGAGGACGCCGCGGAGCAGGACGAUAAGAUUAAGUCCUUAACCGGAGACGUCGCCAGGGUCACCGCGCUGCUCGCGAAGAGCGACGCGAGGAAGCUCGAGCUGGAAGCGCAGCUGGACGCGGUCAACGCAAACGUGCGAGAAAUUUCUGGGAAACUGGACGAAUCCGCCGCGAGGGAGCACGAUCUCGAAACGAAGCUCGCGGCGGUGGAGCCGUCCAUCGCGCGCGCCAACGAGGAGUUGACACGGGUCCGCGAGGCGCACGCGGCCGCGGAGAAGGAGACCGCCGCCCUUCGCGACGAGAAGGAGACCCUCGACGCAAAGCUGGAACGCGCAAACUCCACCGCGGAGAUUGCGUGGAAGCGGUGCCAGGAUCUGUCCUCCAGGCUCAACGGAUGGGUGCGAAAGGGCGUCGAUGACAAUCGCAGUGGGGCGUCCACCCCACCCCGAGUCCUCGAAGAGCUCACGGACGCGCUCAACACCGCGAGGAAGGAUGCCUCGAGGGAAGCCAGGCGAGCCACCGACGCCGAGGCGAAGGUGUUGAACAUGGCAUCCUCGGAGAUGCUGCUGAAGUCCAGGCUCGAAGAUAAAGAACGCAUCGCCGCGGAGGCUUCCGAGGCGAUCCUCGCGUCCGCGGAGAAGGCCUCGGGGGACAUUUCGAGGCUUUCCUCGGAGCUCGCGGCUCGAGGCGGGUUUACAACCCCCGGCCGGGUCACCGGCAUCUUCACCCAAACCCCGCCGCCCGAACACCUUAAGAACCGGCGGGAAGCCGACGAGCUCGCCGAGGAGGUUGAAACCCUCCGCGCGGAGCUCGACGCCGCCAACGAGCGACUCGCCAAGCUGAACGAGGACUACGGCGAGUUCGACGUCGAGAUGGACAAGCACGACAAGGCGGAGCUGGUCGGGCAGCUCGCCGAGGCUCGCGCUUCGCUCGCCGCCGCGAUGGAAGAAAAUCGCUCGCUUCGAGAGGAAGCCGCCGCCGCCGCCGCCGCCGCCUCGCGCGGUCCCGGUCUCUUCCCCGAUUCCCCGUCGAGCGGCGAGGAGGAGGAAGGGGCUGGCGCGGCGGACGUGGCGGCGAUGCGCGAGGCUGCCUCGUCCCUCAGGGGCGCCGCCAAGGUGAGAGUCGCGCUGGGCGCGUCGCUCGAAAAGACUUCAAAAACCCGCAUCGGACGUCCUGGGAGUGCUGGGGUUUCGACGGGGACGACGCCGCGGACGACCGCCACCGCGUUCGGCGUCCCGGUUCCACCCAACGUCGCCGAGGCCGUGGAUGAGCUCGUGCAGGCGAACGAGGCGAUGCGAGCGGAGAUCGGAAGGCUCGCGACGGAACGGGACGCGCUGAAGGCGGCGCUGGGGGAGUCGACGCGGCGCGAAGCCGUCGCGAGGGAGUCGCUUCGGGAGCUGAAGAGGGCGUCGCUGGAGGACGCGAUGGCGAUGAGCACCCGCGUCGAGGCGAUGAGCGCCCGUGGUGGGGCGAUGCCUCUGAGCGCGGUCGCGGAGCAGCUGGGGGAGCUCGAGUCCUUGGUCGGGGAGCUCACUAGGAGGGUCCCGCGGCAGCGAAGAGGUUGAAAAAAUGCACAAGUAGCUGUAGCAGUAAUGAUAUUACUCUUGAUUCACAAAGC